UGGGCUCAAGGUUUGGCACAGCGCGCGUUCCCCCCGCGCCCCCCGGGUGCACACGCCCGCCGACGCGCAUUUUGCCGCCAUGCUUGCUUUAGCCGCAGCUGGAGCCAUUGCCUACGCGCUCGGUCGCGGGCAGAUUGCCGCCGCGGCGGGGGCCGACGGGUACGCUUCACGCGCCGACAUACCCAGCGGGUGCGAGCUCGACGAUGCCAACAAGGUGCCCCACGACGGCACGUGCCUCUUCGACGACCAGUGCAGCGGGGGUUACUGCUGUCCUUACUUCAAGGUCUGCCAAGAUGGCAAUCGGGCUUUCGGCGACUGGUCGAACGACCCCCUGAAGGUGGAGAUCCUUUACGCGUCAGGGGUCAACGGCGGCGAAGGAACCAACGGCUGUGGCGACGGAGGGAACAACGUGUGUGACGCGUGCGCCUUCAGGGGUGAGUCGGGUACGUCCAUCGACCCUUGCUACGAGCCGCUUGGGUAUCCAGUUCUCACCACGUCACCCAACAUGUGGAAUCUACCUCUUUGGGACAUCACCAACCCGAUCUGCAAUUGUGACCAACGUUUCAUUGACUACGUGUUGAACGGCCAGUGGGUCCCUCAGUGCGGCGGUGCGACGCAAGCCGACCCGACUCCAGCGCCGCCACCGACGCCAGCGCCACCACCGGGGGCCCUGCCCGCCGCGGCCGGCCUCGCGCGGCGGGCGGCCGGGGCCGCCCCCGUGGCGGCCCUGCUGCUCGCGGGCGCCGCCGCGGUCGUGGUCGGCUCGCACUGAGCCACGGAGCGCCGACGGCGGCCCGCCCCUUGCUGACGGGGCGAGGCCGGCGCCCUGCGCCCCGGGUGCCGUCACGCCGAGCGGCCGAGCGGCCGUCGGGCGGCGGGGGAGCGGGG